CCUCUUGCCUUGGCUGUCCCUGCAGCCGCGGCCUCUCUCGCAUAUAUCAAUGCCAAGGGGUCCAUCUUCAACGAUGUGCGCAUUCUUAACACUAUCAUAACUAGCUUUGCCCGCGUCGCCUACCGCCAGCAUGUCGACCGCCUCAACCAAUUCUACACCCUUGAAGACCUUGCUCAAUCGCCAUCCCACACAAACAAGCCGCUCGUCAUUUUCGAGGGCAAACGUCACACGUAUUCUGACGUGUACAAUCGCGUCCUGCGCUAUGCAUCCUGGCUUCGCAACAAGCACUCUGUCAGUCCCGGGGAAAUCGUCGCCAUAGACUUCCACAAUUCGGACACCUUCAUCUACCUCUGGUUCGCACUUUGGGCUGUCGGUGCCAAGCCUGCCUUCAUCAACUACAACCUCACUGGAGAUGCCCUCGCUCAUUGUGUCCGCGCCGCCACGGCACGUUUAGUUAUUGUUGACCCUGCUGUUACAGACGUGGUCGAUGAAGAUAUCCGGAGCCAGUUGCCUGAUGUCAAUUUCGUCACCUUGGAUGGAGCUCUGGAGGAUCACAUCGCCUCACUGGCCCCGACUAGGCCGCCCGACAAGGAUAGAUCUCAGGCUCAACCCUCUGAAAUGGCCCUCCUCAUCUACACCUCAGGCACGACGGGUAUUCCAAAGCCAGCAAUCGUGUCGUGGUCUAAGUGCAUGGCUGGCAGCGUCAUGGGCCAAAAGAUGUUGGGAAUCAAAUCCGACGACACCAUCUUUACGUCUAUGCCGCUUUACCAUUCUGCUGCAGCCAUAAUGUCCUUUAUGUGUGUCCUCAACAUUGGUGGCACCCAGGGCCUGGGGCGCAAGUUCUCAACACGCACAUUCUGGGAAGAGGUGCGCGCUACAGACGCUACCGUCAUACAAUACGUGGGCGAGACGUUGCGAUAUCUUUUGGCAGCGCCAGUACAACCAGAUCCCGAAACGGGGGAGUCUCUCGACAAGAAGCAUCGCGUCCGCCUGGCCUAUGGAAAUGGCCUCCGUCCAGAUGUCUGGGAUCGCUUCAGGGACCGCUUUGGAAUCCCGAUAGUGGGGGAGCUGUAUGCUGCUACUGAAGGCACCAUGGGCAUGGUGAACCUGUGUUCGAACCAGCUGACGUCGGGGGCCAUCGGACGCAGCGGCUGGAUUCAUCGUCUCAUGCUUCGGCGAAGUGCCGCCCUUGUUGAUGUCGACUGGGAAGCCGAUCAGCCACGCCGUGACCCCGAGACAGGGUUUUGCUCCAGAGUUUCCAGAGGCGAACCUGGCGAGCUCUUGUUCGCCCUACCCGCAGCUGAUACAUCCAAGCGCUUCCAAGGCUACUAUCAAAACCCCGAGGCCAGCGCCGAGAAGAUUCUACGCGAUGUCUUCAGUCAGGGAGAUGCGUGGUUUCGAACGGGUGACGUCGUGCGUUUCACCACCGACGGGCUGUGGUUCUUCCACGACCGCAUCGGCGACACAUUCCGGUGGAAGUCAGAGAACGUCUCGACAACCGAAGUUAGCCAAGCUAUAGGCACGCAUCCUGCCAUUCGCGAGGCCAAUGUCUAUGGUGUCGAGCUGCCUAACCAUGACGGACGUGCCGGCUGCGCAGCCAUCCACGUAGGCAAGGAUGCAGAUGAUGACACGAUGCGCUCUAUCGCCCAGCACGCCUUGUCCAACCUUCCUCGCUACGCUGUGCCUUUGUUCCUCCGCGUUCUGCGAGGUACAGAUCUUGGGUCAGCCCAGACUACGGGCACAAACAAGCAGCAGAAAUCACUAUUGAGGACUGCCGGCGUGCGUCCAGAGCCAGGAACUGACAAAGAGUUGGGUGAGCUAUACUGGCUACCGUCAGACGCGGGGUAUGUUCCAUUUAUGAAGCGUGAUUGGGACCGGUUGGAGGGUGGUAGUGUGAGGCUAUGA